AAAAAAAAAAAAAAAAAAAACAAACAAACCGGUAAUCACGCGGGGAAAGAGUGAUCUCAUUCUCAUCGUCAAUUUAUCACAAUUCACAUCAGUGAGGAGCAAAAUCCGAAAGUGAAGAUGGCCUGUUACUAAUACUAAUCUAACGAUCUCUUGUUUUUACAAAAGAAACCUUCAUCCAAAAAUCGGCUUUAAUCAUAACUCUUUUACUUUCUUUUUGCAUUUCCCUGCAUUUACACGUUUUCUUCUCUCUCUGUUUCCUCUUUCGUUUCUCUCCUUAUCUGUUUCUUAACGAUGGGCUUUCGCUAGAUCUCGUCUCAAUUCCUCUUGUUUUUGAUAGGCAAUGGCGUCGAAGCGGGGAUUAUCCGGGUCCGGCAUCCACAGGAACCGAGGCGGAGGCUGUGGAUCUCGAUUGCGCAUUGCAUUUUUCAUUUUCUUCUCUGUUCUGGCGCCGUUGAUUUUCUUUGUUGGCCGAGGUCUAUAUACAAGUACUUCCAUUGAUCAAAGUAAUACUCGAGUAAUUUCUAACAAGGGGGACUUAGAUUGGAGAGAACAGCUGGCCUUGCAUCAUGUUAAAUCCCUUCUCUCUAAAGAAGUCAUUGAUGUAAUCACAGCCAGUAGAGCAGAUCUGGGGCCUUUAAGCCUUGAUUCUUUCAGAAAAAACAAUUUGUCAGCCUCAUGGAAAGUUAUAGGAGUAGAGACAAUGGUCAAGAAUACUACUACUUCUGAGCUGCAAAAGACCGAAACAGUUGCUAAGCAAGGAGCACCAAGGGACAAAGUGGAUGAUGUCUCUGGUAAUAAUUCUUCUCAAUUUCUGUACACGCCUGCUAAACUAGCUCGAAGGGUAUGUGUCAUCUUUUUGUGCAGUAUAGCAGUUUCUCAGAGAUUGAAAGAAAAAAUGCGGGAAAAGCGUGCAUCUGACUUGGUGCGGCAAGAUAAUGAAGCAAUUUUAAAGCUUGAAAAUUCAGCCAUUGAGCGGACUAAAUCAGUUGACACUGCAGUUCUGGGCAAAUACAGUAUAUGGCGGAAAGAAAAUGAGAAUGAGAACUCUGAUGCAACAGUACGCUUAAUGCGGGAUCAGAUGAUAAUGGCAAGGGUAUAUAUCAGCAUUGCAAAGAUGAAGGACAAGCUUGACUUGCACCGUGAACUACAGAUCCGGCUCAAGGAGAGUCAGCGUGCCCUUGGAGAGGCAACAGCUGAUUCUGAUCUGCAUCACAGUGCACCUGAGAAAAUCAAAGCCAUGGGCCAAGUUCUGUCAAAAGCGAGAGAGCCAUUGUAUGACUGCAAGUUGAUCACUGGAAAGCUCAGAGCGAUGCUUCAGACAGCAGAUGAGCAAGUUAGGAGCUUAAAAAAACAGAGCACUUUCCUGAGUCAGUUAGCUGCAAAAACAGUUCCCAAUGGAAUCCAUUGCUUGUCUAUGCGCCUAACAAUAGAAUACUAUCUACUUCCUCCUGAGAAGAGAAAUUUCCCAAGAAGUGAGAAUUUGGAAAAUCCUGAUCUUUAUCAUUAUGCCCUCUUCUCUGACAAUGUCUUGGCUGCAUCAGUAGUUGUCAACUCAACCAUCAUGAAUGCCAAGGAUCCUUCCAAGCAUGUGUUCCAUCUUGUUACUGAUAAGCUUAACUUUGGAGCUAUGAAUAUGUGGUUUCUAUUGAACCCUCCUGGAAAAGCCACUAUACAUGUUGAAAAUGUUGAUGAAUUCAAGUGGCUUAACUCAUCCUAUUGUCCAGUUUUACGGCAGCUUGAGUCUGCUGCUAUGAAAGAGUAUUACUUCAAGGCAAAUCAUCCAACUUCUCUUUCAUCUGGUUCUUCAAACCUGAAGUAUCGGAACCCAAAGUAUCUUUCAAUGCUGAACCACCUGAGGUUCUACCUUCCACAGGUCUAUCCCAAGUUAGAUAAGAUCCUGUUUCUUGAUGAUGACAUUGUCGUUCAGAAAGAUUUAACUGGAUUAUGGUCAGUUAAUCUGAAUGGAAAAGUCAACGGGGCAGUGGAAACCUGUGGUGAAAGCUUCCACCGGUUUGAUAAGUACCUAAACUUCACAAAUCCUCAUAUUGCAAGAAACUUUGAUCCAAAUGCUUGUGGGUGGGCAUAUGGGAUGAAUAUUUUUGAUCUUAAGGAAUGGAAAAAGAGGGAUAUCACUGGAAUAUAUCAUAAGUGGCAAAACAUGAAUGAAGAUAGGGUACUUUGGAAGCUCGGAACGUUGCCUCCAGGCCUUAUUACAUUUUAUGGUCUGACUCAUCCACUUGAGAAGUCAUGGCAUGUUCUUGGUUUGGGUUACAAUCCAAGCGGUGAUCGGUCAGAGAUUGAAAAUGCAGCAGUGAUCCACUACAAUGGCAACAUGAAGCCAUGGUUGGAGAUAGCAAUGACAAAGUACCGGUCAUACUGGACCAAGUACAUCAAGUACGAUCAUCCUUACCUUCGCAGCUGCAAUCUAAAUGAAUGAGAAUGCAACUAAGAUACAACUCAAAUGGUCUUCCUCUCACUGUCUGCAAAUUUAAAGGUCAGUUGAUUAAGCACAUGAGAAGGAAUGCAGCUGAAUUUUCUGUGCUGCUAUUCCUUCUUACCCACAUUGUUUAUUCUUCUUUGUAAUUCAUUAAAUUUGUUUUCGCUAAUCAUCCAUUUGAACUAGGUGAUAGAUUUUAUGCAUUGUUGACCUGUAAAAACCAUACUAUGCAGUUCUCCCCCCCCCCCCUUUCUGUUUCCUUCUUUUAUUUCUUCAUAGCCACGUUCAAUUUUGGACAGGGAUAUUAAACUUCAUAUAAAUGUGAAUGUUAUGUAUUCUUUUGACAAUGAUCUAUAAUAUCAUGGAAUUUCUGCCUUCCUACA